UCGCUCUGACGCCGUCACGGCCCUGCCCCGCUGCGUCAUCGCGCCCUGCCCGCUUCCAAAAUGGCGGCGGCGGCGGCAGGCAGCCUGAGGCGAGCGGGCUGGCGGCUGUGGCGGGGCCGCGCGGGGCUCAGGUGCCAGCUCUGCCCACCCCAGCGGCCCCUCCAUGCCUCAGCUGUACUGAGGAGAGCCUCAGAUGAGCAGAAGAAGGAGCCGCUGGCCUCUUCCCCUCAGCAGCAGUUUGACUCACCCCCAACAGACCCCCAGCCUGACCAUGAACCUCAGGGCCCUCGCCCCAGUUACACUGGCCAGGGCGGCCAGGAGUCAGAGGACUAUGAGAGCGAGGAGCAGCUGCAGCACCGAAUCCUCACAGCAGCGCUGGAGUUUGUGCCUGAACAUGGCUGGACGGCAGAAGCCAUUGCAGAGGGAGCCAAGACCCUGGGUCUCUCUGUUGCUGCAGCAGGGAUGUUUCACAGCGAUGGCAGUGAACUGAUCCUGCACUUUGUAUCUCAGUGCAACACCAAGCUGUCUGACCUGUUGGAGCAGGAACAAAAACUAGUGCAGUUGGGCGAGACAGAGAAGAAGCCUACAGAUCAAUUCCUGAGAGAUGCUGUAGAAGCCAGGCUGAGGAUGCUGAUCCCAUAUAUUGAGAAAUGGCCCCAGGCUGUCAGCAUCCUGUUGCUUCCACAUAACAUCCCUUCCAGCCUCAACCUCCUCACCAGCAUGAUUGAUGAUAUAUGGCACUAUGCUGGAGACCAGUCUACGGAUUUUAACUGGUACACUCGUCGGGCUGUGCUCACUGGCAUCUACAACACCACAGAACUGGUGAUGAUGCAGGAUUCAUCCCCUGACUUUGAAGAGACUUGGCGCUUCCUGGAAAACCGAAUAGCUGAUGCCAUGAACAUGGGCAAUACAGCUAAGCAGGUACAGUCAACCGGAGAAGCACUUGCCCAGGGCCUGAUGGGAGCUGCAGUUACUAUCACCAACCUGACGGGGCUCAACCAGCGCCGCUGAUGCCGGAACCCUCACGCCGGAGCCCGCGGACCGGCGCCGGAGCCAGGACGGGGCCGCCUUCGCCUCCUUCCCCCGCCCGUCCCCAAUAAAGCCCAAGCGCACCGA